AUGUUCGUUGUAGACAAUGUUCACCAUUCCGGAUCCGUCAAUUCUAGAGGUGUUAGGUCCAAAUGUGUUGCUCCUCCUCCUUUACUUGACAAUGUGAAGGUGGAAUCGAGUUCUAGUGAUGAGGAGUUGGCAUUCGAUGAAGACAACCGGGUAGAUUCAAAUCUGGAUGAAAAUUUGAUUUCCCACCGAACACAUUCAAAUUUUCAACUUCCCGUCCAUAAGGUUUCCAAGGACAACAAUCCCUCUCGUUCAUGCCCGGCCCCUCCCCCACGGGAUGGAGGCUCCAUUCCAACUAGAAACCCGAGCCUAAGGUCGGACAUUCCCGGCCCUCUACUGCCGGACUCAGUCGCCAUCUCUCCCACCGACCGGAGAGCCUCCCAACAACAUGAUGAACUAG